AUGGUGGAAGAUCCAUCUAUCCAGCACCUCAUCUCAUGGGCCAAAGAAGGCGAUAUGUUCUACGUGUACAACUGUAUUGAAUUAUCCAGCUCGGUCCUGCCAAAGUUUUUCAAACAUAAUAACUGGCAGAGUUUUGUCCGCCAACUCAACAGUAAGUCAUGA